GCAGUCAUAUAACCGGGUCGCAGACGAGACCCGACCCGACCCGAUCACUAUCAUCUACCAGGAAUCAAUCUGUAACUCAAAGCUCUAGGGGAUUCUGCGGAGAUCGAACCUUGAGAAUCGCUACGGAAAAUGGAGAAUCAGGGCAUGAGUCGGAAAGAGAAGAGAAAGGCGGCGAAGAAGCAGAAGAGGAAGCAGACGAGGAGGGAGGCAGCGGUGAGGCUGCGGGAGGAAGAGGAGGCGAAGUUGAAUGAUCCGGAUGAGCAGGAGAGGAUGAGGCUGAUGGAGCAGGAAGAGGCCGAGAGGUGCGAGAGGGAGAAGAGAAAGUUUGAGGAGAGCGAGAGGAUGUGGCUCGAGGCGGCGGCGGAGAGGAAGAGGAGGAAAGAAGCGGAGGAGGAGGAGCGGAGGAAGAUUCUGGAGGAGUUGGAGAAGAAGGAGGUUGAAAAGGAGAAUGAGUUGAACGAGGAUGAUGAUUGGGAAUAUGCAGAAGGGCCUGCAGAAAUUAUCUGGCAAGGAAAUGAGAUAAUUGUCAAGAAGAAAAGGGUCAGGAUUGCAAAGAAAGAUGUGGACCAACAUAGUAGAAAAGAGGAGGAUACUGAGAGACCCACAUCAAAUCCUCUUCCUCCUCAAUCAGAAGCAUUUUCUGACCACAAUGCAUCAAUAAUUUCAUCCCAACAGUUGUUUGCAGAUGUUUCAGAACAAAUCCCAAACUUUGGGACGGAACAGGAUAAAGAUCAUUGUCCUUUCCAUAUCAAAACUGGAGCUUGUCGGUUUGGGCAACGUUGCAGCAGAGUUCAUUUUUACCCUGAUAAAUCGUGCACACUUCUAAUCAAGAACAUGUACAAUGGACCUGGCCUUGCUUGGGAGCAAGAUGAAGGACUUGAGUAUACAGACGAAGAGGUUGAACGCUGUUAUGAGGAGUUUUAUGAGGAUGUACAAACAGAGUUCCUGAAGUUUGGAGAAAUUGUGAACUUCAAGGUGUGCAGAAAUGGUUCAUUCCAUUUGCGGGGCAAUGUGUAUGUACACUACAAGUCUUUGGAUUCUGCUGUGCUGGCUUAUCAUUCAAUAAAUGGUCGCUAUUAUGCUGGCAAGCAGGUAACAUGUGAGUUUGUUGGUGUGACCAGAUGGAAAGUUGCCAUAUGUGGGGAGUACAUGAAGUCCAGGUUCAAGACGUGCUCUCAUGGUACGGCAUGCAACUUCAUACACUGUUUCCGCAAUCCGGGUGGAGACUAUGAAUGGGCCGAUUGGGAUAAACCGCCCCCAAGAUAUUGGGUGAAAAAGAUGGUUGCUUUAUUUGGGCUUACAGAUGAAUCUGGGUAUGACAAAGAGGUGAAGCAAGAAAGCAUGGGCUGGAGGAGGAGCACCAGCAAUGCAGGAACAGUAGAUGCAGAUAGGUAUCACUCUAGACAUUCUAGAUCCAGGGAGAGUAGUUACUCACAUGGUGAAUCUGCUAGAAGGCAAUUUGAUGAAAAUGAUGCUCAUAAGAACGUGUACCAUCAAAGGCACACAAGUAAUGGUAGAAAACGAAUCAAAACGCAUGAGGAAAGAUACGAAGAGGAAGCGCAUUUUGGAGACAAUCGGUAUAGCAGGAGUAGAAUUCACAAUGUUGAUUCUGAUGGAGAUUUGUUGAGGGACAGGACCAGAGACAGAGAAAAACACAAUGAUCACAGAAGGAAAAGCUCAAGACAACGGGAAAAGGUAUUGGAAUCUCCGGACGAUUAUGGGGAGAGCAAGAACAAAACUCAUGAUUCAGAAGGAGAUUGGUCUGAUAGGGAGGGAGACAAGUCUGGAAAACAUGGUCACACAAGAAAAAGCUUGAAGCACCAGAAGGAAGCAAUGGGGGUCAUGGAUGAUCUUGGAGGCAGCAACAACAGUAUUCAUGAGCCUGAUUCUGAUGGAGGUUGGUCAGACAGGGAUGGAGACCAUGACGGGCAUCAUGAUCACACAAUGAAAAGCUUGAAAAAUAGGAGCAAAAUGUCUGAAUUCUCAGACGAUAGGAACAGCAAGUACAGAACUGAUGCCACUGAUUCUGAUGGUGAUUCAUCACAUAGGAACAGGCAAGGAGACAGAUACCAUAGUCACAGGCGAAAGAGCUCAAGGCACUGGGAUGAAUUCUCAGACGAUAGGAACAGCAAGUACAGAACUGAUGCCACUGAUUCUGAUGGUGAUUCAUCACAUAGGAACAGGCAAGGAGACAGAUACCAUAGUCACAGGCGAAAGAGCUCAAGGCACUGGGAUGAAGUCUCAGAAACUGCAGAUGAUGACGAGGACAAAAGGAAGAGAACUCGUGAUACUGAUCCCACUGGAGAUUGGUCAGAUGAGGUUGGAGAAAGACACCAAAGUAAAAGAAGGAAUUGCUCAAGACACUGGUCAGAUGACCAUAAGGAAACAGAAAAAAAUGUAAAAGAUGAAUUUCAGGGUCAGGAGUUUGACACUGAAAAACCAGACGUACCAAGAGUCCAAAAACAUAGUCACUCUAGCAGAAAGGAUGGUUCAAACAAAGAGAUGAUUAGCAGAGCAGAUUUUAUAAGUGAGGAUAAAAAAUCAAAUGGGAAUCAUGAGGCCAGCAGUUCAGAUCAACAUGGCAGGAGAAGUAAAUCAUACAAUCUUGAUUCAAGAUACCACUCUGAUGAAAAUAUUGACAAAGAGGGUGACUGGGAACCUGAAAAACACCGAAAAUCUAGAAGAGAGAAAAGUACUUCUCAUAAACAUCACAAGUACAGAGACCAUGAAGACUACAACAAGAGCAAAUCAAGAGGUGGUGAUCGGUCAAUCCAUAGGAGACACUCAACCAGCUUAAACAAUGCAGAUUCUUCUGAAGAGUAUCAAGACUCUGAAAAUAAAGACAAGAGGCAUGGUGGAAAACAUCAAUCUAGUAGUCACAGGCGGCACAGUGAGAAAUCUAAUUCCUAAAGGCCGGAUGAUGCUACUUACA